AUCUCUGAGAAUCAGCUCCAUCUCCAUCAUCCCUACACGAUUCUGCCGCUCCUGUGGGAAAUACACCGACACGUGCGCGCGCACAGCCACCCACGGGGCGCGUGCUCGGAUUAAUCAUAUCUGAGGAGGGAGAGAAAGAGAUGUUGAGUCCGGUGUGACUUAUCUAUCCUACACUCUGCGCUGCUGCUUCUGCACACCUACACGCACUCCGUAGCUGUCACACACACACACUCAGCGGGACUGACGCACUGUGAGGGAGAAAGAGAGAGAGAGAGAGAAAGGAGUCAGACAGGCUCCGGCAGAGGGAUGUACCGGACCCUGCUGUAUGAAACGGGACCGAAUUGUAGAGCGCGGACUGGAACGGGACCAGCGUAGCUAGUUUGAAGAAGUAAGGAGUCACCUGGCUGCCGAAGGAAGAAGAGAGCUGGAGGGGCUUUAUAGGGAGGAAGAGGAGGAGGAGGAGAAGGUGGAGGGGUGUCCGCCUGACUCGGCUCUGAUUUUGGGGGUAACGCCACAACGGAGAGUCCACGCAAAGUUUCCUCGAUGGCGCUGGUGAUGGAGCCGGUGAGCAAAUGGAGCACGAACCAGGUGGUGGACUGGAUGAAAGGUCUGGACGACUGCUUGCAGCAGUAUGUGGGUGUGUUUGAGCGGGCGGGUGUGUCCGGGGAGCGGCUGCUAAGGAUCAGCCAUGCUGAACUGGAGGAGCUGGGCGUGUCUCGGAUCGGACACCAGGAGCUCAUCCUGGAGGCCGUGGACCUGCUCUGCGCUCUGAAUUCGGGUCUGGAGACCGAGAGCGUCAGGACUCUCGCUCACAAGCUGGGCGCCUCGGCCAAGAACCUACAGAACUUCAUCUCCAGCCGCCGGCGGAGCAGCCAGUUGGAGAGCAGGAGCUCGCGGCGGCUCCCCAAUGACCUGCUGACCUCCGUGGUUGACCUCAUCACCGCUGCUAAGAGCCUGCUGGCGUGGCUGGACAGGUCUCCCUUUGCUGCUGUGGCAGACUACUCAGUUACCCGAAAUAAUGUCAUUCAGCUCUGCCUGGAGCUCACCACCAUUGUACAGCAGGACUGUACGGUGUUUGAGACGGAGAAUAAAAUCCUCCAUGUGUGUAAGACUCUGUCUGAAGUGUGUGAGCACAUCGUUUGCGUAUCGUCGGACCCACUGGUCUCCCAGUCUGCCCACCUUGAACUGGUUCACCUCACCAACACUAAGCCAUCCGAAGGCCUGGGGAUGUACAUCAAGUCCACUUAUGAUGGCCUGCAUGUGAUCACAGGAACCACAGAAGGGUCUCCGGCUGACCGCUGCAAGAAGAUCCAUGCAGGAGAUGAAGUGAUUCAAGUCAACCACCAGACCGUGGUGGGCUGGCAGUUGCGUAACCUGGUUGGCUCACUGAGGGCCGAUAAAGGGGUCGUGUCCCUGACUCUGAAGAAGCGUCCUCAGAGCACACUCAGCUCCGCCCCUGCACUGCUGAAGAACAUGCGCUGGAAACCCCUGGCUCUGCAGCCAACCAGAAGCCCAGGCAGCGGCUCUGGCACACCAUCAGGAACACCCACCAAAAGCUCCGCCCUCCAGGAUCUCUACAUCCCGCCUCCACCUGCCGAGCCCUACACCCCCAGAGACGAGACAGGAGCCCUGUCUGCAGACGAAGCGUCUCGUAGCCAUGGUGGCGUCAGCGCUGCCAAGCGCUCUGAAUCACCAAACUCCUUCCUGGAUCAAGAGUCUCACCGGCGAGAAGAGGAGGAGCCGGUGUACUGCACCACGCCCACAUACGGCAGGCUGAGGCCCAUCUCGAUGCCUGUGGAGUGCAACUGGGUGGGCGACUACGAAGACCCAGCCAAGCUGAACAGAGAAACCCGCAGAGAUGCUUCGUUGUUGCGUUAUGUGGGACUAUCCUCUGCGGACGACCGGACCGUCUCGGAGGACUACUCCUCCCACACGGCACGUCCAAAUAAACGGUCCAAUGACACGGCCAAGCGUGCGAAGAGGCGGAGCCACCACAGCCAAAGCCCCUCCCACUACCUGCUUCAGACCAAUCAGAGGGAAUCGCCUCCCAGAGACCAAACCUCUAUGUAUCGAACAUACCAGCAGUCGGCCUCUUUGCAGACGAAGAACCGGAAGAAGAAUAAAGGACGAGGUCUGACCUCGCUGAGUCGGAGGCGUGUUUCCUGCAAAGCGCUGGGCAGAGGAGACUGCGAGGGCUGGCUGUGGAGAAAGAGGGAUGCCAAGGGUUACUUCUCUCAGAAAUGGAAGAAGUACUGGUUUGUUCUGAAAGACAACUGCUUGUACUGGUACAUCAAUGAGGAGGAUGAGAAGGCGGAGGGUUUCGUCAGUCUUCCCGAGUUUAAGAUUGAUCGUGCCAGUGAAUGUCGAAAGAAGUAUGCUUUCAAAGCGUGCCACCCCAAGGUCAAGAGUUUCUACUUUGCAGCAGAUGGAGUGGACGACAUGAACAGAUGGCUGAGUCGCCUCAACAUGGCAGCUGUGGGCUAUGCAGAGCGGGAGAGGAUGCGGCAGGAGCAGGACUAUUGGAGCGAAAGUGAACAUGAGGACGACACCACGUCCAGCCCGAAACAGGACAGCCCCCCACCUCCAUAUGAUACCUACCCACGGCCUCCAUCAAUGAGCGCUUACCUGGAAGGCCGAACCACCCGCCUGUCUUCCACAGAGACGUCUCGCUCUCGAUCUUCUCAGGAGGACUUCCUGUGCAGCGAGCCGCCUGUGACGGCUGCAGAGCCGCAGUACCACCCAGGCCCCCUAGGGGGAGGCACCACACACAGCGGGAGGAAACCACUGGGCAGCAGCAGCAGCGACGUGCAGUACAGAUGUGAUCCUGUGGAGUACCGCUCCAGUCCGGCAGGGGGCAGCAGUGAGACGGGGUCCCCGGGCCGCUCGUCGUCCUCACAGAGGCGGUCAUGGCAGGACCUGAUAGAGACGCCGCUGACUGAAGCUGGACUGCACUACCUGCAAACUGGACCACUUGAGGACGCCGUCUUCGCCGAGCCGGGCCUGGGGGGCGGCUCCAUGAUGGCCGGAGCCGUCUACACUCUGCCCCCGCAGAGGAACGUCCCGCUGCCCGUGGCGAUGCAGAGGCUGGUGCCCAUGGCAACCCAGGGAGGGAAACCCCGCAGCUUCACGCUGCCGCGCGACAGCAACCUGCACACUCUGCUCGCCCCGCCGCUGAAGGAAGAGCAGCAAGCACACAACUGCGGCAGCGAAGGCGCGUCCCUGGGCGACCUGUUCCGCGCGUGCGAACAAGGCGGCGUCUGUCCGUUGGGGCGGGGCUCGGACGCCAAGGGCCAAUCGGAGUUCAGACAGUCCUUCCUCCGACGGGCCGCGGACCCUCAGCUCAACGAGCGCCUGCACCGCCUCCGCAUCCUCAGCUCCACGCUCAAGGACAGGGAGGGGGAGCUAGCGCUGAUUGACAGGCUGCUGGCCAAUCCGCAGCUCUCGUCGGCCGAGUUCCAGGAGUGGAAGCGCGCCUAUCAGGACCUGUUCACUCAGGACCAGAACUCUGCUGCCGAACCCGAACCUGAACCCGAACCCCAAACCGAACCCGCCGACCCGGGGCCGCCGCCCCUCACCCCCUCGCUGUCCCACACACACUCCUACAUCGAGACGCACGUCUGACCUGUUAAACGCGGACAGUUAAACCGUCUGGUCCCGAUUGUUAAGAUGAGUGUCGCAGGGCGGGUCCGGUAGUGACGGACUGACUCGUGGUUUCCGCUUCCCGAUCGGUUCGCUGCGACAGAUUACCCAGGAGCGCCUCCCGCUGAGCCGGCGACCUGUCGCCUCGAGCCUCUCCGGCUCACGACAGGUGCUGGUUCCAGAGUAUCACCUCUUAGCUUUUGUGCUCCGUACCUUCAAAGAACUCGCAUCAUUUCCUGUGGAUGAUUCCUUCCCAUCACCUUCAUAAAAAGCGAAAUCACAGAAUGUAUCUCGACUCAUCCUGCUUGUUGUGCCAUGUUUACUCUGAGUGCACAGUGUCUCAUAGCCAGUAAGUUGACGCUUUUUACUCCAUAAAGCCUUAUACUUGAUUAUAUUGCUAUUAUUAACUGUACAGUGAGUGUUACAGCGAACCACAAUGAGAUCUUUUUUAAACUUUUGUUCUGAUUUCCGUUUAGAUUUAGAGGCUUUUGUUUGUGCAGAUUUGGUAGAAAUUGCUGGGCUGGACCUGAAGCAUGCACCCUCCUUCUGGAACAGGAGCCAUUUAAGGGAAAAAUCCACCCUAAAGUAGUUCAACACAACGUUUCACAAACAGAACCUUCAUCAGCAAACAUCCUGCAAAAUACACAAAAUACAGUUUCUUCAGCAAAUAUCUUAAAACGGUAACUUAAAAGUAACUUUUCAGCAAGAAAUUGUCUUUUGUUUUAAGUCAGUAAUCCAUUAAUAUUCAUUUAAGAAGUAUUUGUUCUAUUGGCAGAUUAUUUCUACGUUAUAAGUUAAAUAUAACUAGUAAUUUUUCAUCAAUGAUAAUGAAUUAUUUACGUAACACAAACUCGUGCGUCUUUCUGAAAAAAUUACUUUUAAGUCAGUUUUGUCUUAUUUCAAAUGUACUCAGUAUUUGCACUAGAAACAAUAUGAUGUUUUUGCAGUAAUGAUAUAAAUAUUUCAUUUAAUCUGCUUGGAAAUCCACAUUAUUAAAUCGUAUUAAGUAUUUACAGCAAAUGUCUUAGAAAAUAUAACAUAUCAAAUAUGAGAUAAUGAAAUAAUCUUUGCUCUGAACAUUACAGAGAAAAAUCUACACAGAAAUAGUUGUUUAUAAAAAUCUCAGAAGCAUUAAUGUUUUACCCAAUAAAGCUUUUUGAAUGUAUUUGACUUAAUUUUUCACAAAAUGGUUACUAUAUAAAAAUAUAUAUAUGAUAAAGAAAAUUUAGAUACGCAGUGCCUUGAAAAAAAUUAUCCAAACACCUUAAACUUUUUCACAUUUUAUCACAUCACAGCUCAAAUUUAAAUGCAUUUUAUUGUUUUGUUUUCUUUUUUAAAUGAAAGGACUUGACACCAACACAUAAAAAGCCAUGUAUUUUAAUGUCCUUUUAAGAUUUAAUACAAUGUCACAUAAAAACAAUAAAAUACAUCAAAAUUUGUUGGGUAAUGUGAUAAAAUGUAAAACUGUUAUAUGCAAACCCUGUAUUAAAUAAUGUAUUUUUACAUACGUUUAGCUUAACAAUUACUGAAGAAAUAUUUACAUGUCUGUUAAACUGAAUUGAAUAUAAACAGAAAAAUAUAUUUUAUUUGUAAUCCCCAGUAGUGAAAAAAUACUUAAAUAUGAAUUUAUUUAAUAAAUACAUAAAUCUGUAGAUGUAAUAGCUAUAUAAUCCCUGUUAUAAAUUAUUUAUUAACAGUAUAAAAUUCUCCAGGGGUGGAUUUUUCCUCAGACUCUUCAGCUUUAUUUUAGGCGUGUGGCAUCGAACAUAUGAGGAAUAUUUCCAUAGGAAAUUAAACUUGGAUCUAUUUAUAAUGUUAGUCUAUUUCCAAGCUGCUGCCAGAAGAUGUAAUAAUGUAUCUCAGACGUUUCACAGACUACAAAAGCAAUCAUAAAUAUGUAAUAACUUGCACUGACAAACACUGUUUUAUGCUCCUUUUAUGCUGCUGCCCGUGGUUGGUUGUAGUAGCAUGUUUUUGCUGUAGAUCAAAACAAUAUCCAUUUUAUGUUUUGUGUUUAAAACCUAGAGAUAUAGUAGAUCUCUAUUUAUAGAGUGCAAACUGUCUUGGAAGAAUAUCUUUAAUUAUAUCAGGGUUUCUUUCUGUGAACUGUCAUUGUGUAAAGAAUGUUUAGUGUUAAAUCUAUAAAUUAUGGUAAAAAGAUGGUAUUUAUUUAUGUGUUCAUUUUUCAUGUUUUGCUGGAAGAAGAGACUGGAUCAAUAAAGUUUUAGUCAUUUGGA